AUGUCAUUCUGGCCGUGUAACUCGUCGAGUAAUGAAGGCUUGAUCAAGAACUUGCGACAAACAGGGGUCAUACGGUCGGAGGCUGUAUUCGACGCGAUGGUGCGGACGGACCGCGCCAAGUAUCUGACACAAACUGAAACUCCUGAUGGAGGACCCAUUGGUGAGCUGCACGCUUACCAAGAUAUUCCUCACCCAAUUGGUUAUCACCAGACUAUCUCUGCACCGCAUAUGCAUGGUCACGCAAUGGAGUUGGGGUACGCUGCAAUCAAGGACGUUGUCAAUCCGCGAAUCCUGGACGUGGGUUCAGGCUCCGGUUUCCUUACAGCAUGCCUUGGCCGAAUGGUAGAAAACAAGGGCGGGCAUGUGUUUGGCUUGGAGAUUGUUUCUGGACUCGUCCAGUUGGCCAAGAAGAACAUACAGAUGGCAGACGGCGACUUGCUUGAUCGUGGUAUCGUAUCAGUACGCUGUCACAACGGCUGGGACGGACUGCCGAAUGAAGCACCAUUCCACUACAUCCAUGUUGGAGCUGCCGCUGAAGUUCCUCCUCCAGCACUCUUGGAGCAGCUAGCGGAUGGCGGACGCCUCGUGCUUCCACUGGAUGAAGCUCGUGGUGGUCAAGUUUUUGUGGAGAUCGUGCGGCAUGGAACAAGUUACUCACAGCGUCGGCUCUUCGGUGUUUGCUACGUGCCACUCGUCCGGGAGCGAAAACUUAGCUAA